AUGGCAGUGAUUGUCACUAAUGUAUUAACUGAAGAACAACAACAACGAAGAAGAAGUCAUGCGUACGGCUUCACAGUUAUCAAGAGUGACGGCAAUACUGUCGACGAUUAUAAUAUAGUUUCCUAUUUAUAUCGAAACCCUUUUAAUAAUAAUAAUAAUAAUAAUAAUAAAAGAUUUAACCAAAAGAAUGCCAAAUAUGAAGAAUUGAGAUUAAAUGAUGUGAAGAGUAACUCAAACAACAAGAAUAUCAAUAAUUAUGGAAAAAUUUCUUCAUUGAAUCGGAACCGAUAUCAAGAAGAGCGACCCAUUGCUCAUAUGAAAGACUCGGAUUACAGUCAAGAGUAUCAACGCUUAAGACGACUAUUAAAACAAAAAAAUAUUUAUUUUGACAAUACUUUGGACUUAAAUUUCCGUCAAAGACGACGACAACACCCGACCGACACUUAUGUUUAUUAA